AUAAAAUAUAUUACCUUAAAUCAGAAAAGCACUUUCCAUGCUCCCUUGAUCACAAUGUGGACCUCUCUCUCCCCUCUUAAUUACUCUCAUUUUCUUUCUACGGUAACUCCGCAUCAAACAUAACGUAACGCAUUGCCUUAUUUUAUUUUUAGGUAAUAUAUAAAUCAAACAUUACUAAUUGAUUUUUCAUAUAGAAAUCGUCAUCACCUUCAAUUUCAGAUCUAAAAUCUUCCACUUCUUCAAAUUCAAAUGCUUCACUGGGUUUUCAAAAUUCCCAAAUUUUGAAAUCCCUAACACAACAAAUAAUAUGUCUGGGGCCAUAGACAUGGACCACGUGGGUUUUUCCAAACCCAAAUCAUCUCCGGCGACUUCUCCGACCACCGAUCACGGCCGUGGUAAAAAACCCGGUUCAAUUUCAAUGGAUCAUGUUCUAUUGGCUUUGCGUGAGACUAAGGAAGAAAGAGAUGUUCGUAUUCGGAGUUUAUUCAAUUUCUUUGAUGCUACUAAUAAAGGGUAUUUGGAUUAUGCUAACAUUGAAGCAGGGUUAUCUGCACUUCAGAUUCCACCUGAAUAUAAAUAUGCUAAGGAGCUUUUUAAGAUUUGUGAUGCUGAUAGAGAUGGGAGAAUUGAUUAUCAUGAUUUUAGACGGUAUAUGGAUGAUAAAGAACUUGAACUUUAUAGAAUUUUUCAAGCUAUUGAUGUUGAACAUAAUGGUUGUAUUCUUCCUGAAGAACUUUGGGAUGCUCUUGUCAAGGCUGGGAUUGAAAUUGAUGAGGUUGAACUUGCGCGCUUUGUUGAGCAUGUUGAUAAGGAUAAUAAUGGAAUUAUUACUUUUGAAGAAUGGAGAGAUUUUCUUCUUCUUUAUCCUCACGAAGCAACCCUUGAAAAUAUAUAUCAACAUUGGGAGAGGGUGUGCCUUGUAGACAUUGGAGAACAAGCUGUCAUUCCCGAAGGCAUCAGCAAGCAUGUGCACAGGAGCAGAUAUUUUAUUGCAGGGGGAAUAGCAGGAGCUGCUUCUCGCACAGCAACUGCUCCUCUUGAUCGUCUAAAGGUGGUCUUACAAAUUCAGACUGGAAAGGCAUCCAUUAUGCCAGCAGUAAUGAAGAUAUGGCAACGAGACGGUUUAUUAGGGUUUUUCCGAGGUAAUGGGUUGAAUGUUGUGAAGGUUGCACCUGAGAGCGCCAUCAAGUUUUAUGCUUAUGAAAUGCUGAAAAAUGUAAUUGGAGAUAGGCAAGGGAACAAGUCAGAUAUUGGUACUGCUGGAAGACUUUUUGCAGGUGGCAUGGCUGGUGCCAUUGCACAGAUUGCUAUCUAUCCAUUGGAUCUUAUCAAAACUAGGUUACAGACUUGUGCUUCUGAAGGUGGAAGGGCUCCGAACCUAGGAACCCUUACAAAGGAUAUAUGGAUCCAAGAGGGACCCCGGGCUUUCUAUAGAGGGCUUGUUCCAUCUCUUCUUGGAAUGAUUCCUUAUGCAGGCAUUGAUCUCACUGCUUAUGACACCUUGAAAGAUAUAUCCAAGAAAUAUAUUAUAUCUGACCAUGAACCUGGUCCUCUAGUACAACUUGGAUGUGGGACAGUUUCGGGAGCUCUUGGAGCUACUUGUGUCUAUCCACUGCAGGUUAUUCGUACAAGGCUGCAGGCACAACCUACCAACACUUCUAGUGCUUACAAGGGAAUGUCCGAUGUUUUUUGGAAAACCCUUAAGGACGAAGGCUUUCGAGGGUUCUACAAGGGACUCAUUCCAAAUCUCCUCAAAGUUGUGCCGGCUGCAAGUAUUACUUACAUGGUUUAUGAAAAUAUGAAGAAGAAUUUAGAUCUUGAUUAGAGUUGUUACAGUUACUGCCCAGAGCUGAUUUCAAAUGUUAUAUAGGACAUCUUAAAAUGUUGAUGGUGACGAAAAAAGAGAGAUUAACUAAUCCUGUAGGCACUAUUACAAUUAGUGAUUCUUCAAGGAGGGUGUUUAAACACAAUUUGUAGUCAGAAAGUUUUUCCCCUUGCUUAUCUGAACUAAAAGUUUGAGAAAUUAGGAUUGAGUACUCUAUAUAUAUCAAGUUAUUAGGUGUUAUCCAUUUUGAUAUGUACUUUACCCACUAUUAGUGUCUUAUAGUAAAAAGUGAAUAUAUCAUAAAUAUAUACAGAUUGGCGCAUGGCUUUGUGAUGGUGGAUAUAAUUGAUGGACGACAUUCUUAUGAGGUUUAUGAAACAA